GUCCUUCCCCCUGCUGCUGCCCAGCUCUACUACCAGGCUGGAGCCCCCGGCAGCACGGCGCGCAACACAACACUGACAGCUGCGACUGACUCACAACCAAAGGGGGCAAAGAUGGAGCACAGAGACGCCGACUUCAACAUCAUGCUAGCGACCGACUCAUACAAGGUAACACAUUACAAACAGUACCCCCCCAACACGAGUAAAGUGUACUCCUACUUCGAGUGCCGUGAGAAGAGGACAGACCCCAGCAAAAGCAGAAAAGUCAAAUAUGAGAAAACUGUCUUCUACGGCCUACAGUACAUCCUCCACAAGUACCUCAAAGGUAAGGUAGUGACUCCAGAGAAGAUCCAGGAGGCAAAGGAGGUAUACAGAGAACAUUUCCAGGAUGACGUUUUCAACGAGAAGGGGUGGAAUUACAUUUUGGAGAAAUACAACGGACACCUGCCUAUUGAAAUCAAGGCCGUGCCGGAGGGGAGUGUCAUCCCUCGAGGCAAUGUUUUGUUCACGGUGGAGAGCACGGACCCUGAAUGCUACUGGCUCACCAACUGGGUGGAGACCAUCCUGGUUCAGAUCUGGUAUCCCAUCACUGUUGCGACCAACUCCAGAGAACAGAAGAAGAUCCUGGCCAAGUACCUGCUGGAGACUUCUGGAAACCUGGAGCGCCUGGAGUACAAACUACAUGACUUUGGCUACAGAGGCGUCUCUUCACAAGAGACUGCAGGCAUCGGUGCCUCUGCCCAUCUGGUCAACUUCAAGGGCACAGACACAGUCGCUGGGAUAGGGGUCAUUAAGAAGUACUACGGCACCAAGGACCCAGUGCCCGGCUUCUCAGUGCCGGCUGCAGAGCACAGUACCAUCACAGCGUGGGGGAAGGACCAUGAAAAAGACGCCUUCGAGCACAUCAUCAAGCAGUUCCCCAGCGUGCCCGUGUCCAUCGUCAGCGACAGCUAUGACAUCUACAACGCCUGUGAGAAGAUCUGGGGCGAGGACCUACGGGGACUGAUAGAGAAGCGCAGUGCUGACGCCCCGCUGGUUGUCCGACCAGACUCUGGAAACCCGCUAGAUACAGUUCUGAAGGUUUUGGAGAUCCUGGGUAAGAAAUUUAUUCCAAAGGAGAACUCUAAAGGCUUCAGGGUUCUCCCUCCGUACAUUCGAGUUAUACAAGGAGACGGAGUUGAUAUCAACACACUGCAAGAGAUAGUAGAGGGCAUGAAGGAGCACAAGUGGUCCAUUGAGAACAUAGCCUUUGGGUCUGGUGGGGCUCUGCUGCAGAAACUGACCAGAGAUCUGCUCAACUGCUCAUUUAAAUGCAGUUAUGUUGUCACUAAUGGACUCGGGGUAAAUGUCUUCAAGGACCCAGUGGCAGACCCCAACAAGAGGUCAAAGAAAGGUCGCCUGUCUCUGCACCGGACACAGAGUGGAGACUUUGUCACCCUAGAAGAAGGCAAGGGCGACCUGGAGGAGUAUGGCGUGGACCUGCUGCACACAGUCUUCCAGAACGGGAAGAUUGUGAAGACGUAUACGUUCGACGACGUCAGAGACAAUGCUAAGCUCAAAGAGAGUGAGCUUGAUGACCUGCUGCAAUGAAUGCAGCACGACUGAAAACCCCACAACUUUUCCACCCUAACCCCCCCUCUCCCCCACCCCCCACCCCACCCCCCAUAAAAUACCCAACCUCAACCCUUCACCUUUUGGCCUCUGACGUCACCUUCAGAUAACGGCGGUAGCGUGCACUGCUAUUAGAACCUGCUCCUAAAGCCUGAGAGCUCCCAAAACGUUCCCUUGAAAAAAAAAAAAACCCUGAGAUCUACUUUAAUAAUCACAGACCUUCCCUCUUAAGUCAAAAGAAAGCUGUCGGCUCUCCAGCAGAGUCGUGAAUUCGGAAUCAGCACAGGAAUUACAGAUGCAUUAGAGGGAGAGAAAUUGAAAUCCUAAUGACAAACCGUGCGCUCACUUCAUGUACCUCAGCCCCCCCCCCAAAUCGAAAUAAUCAGCAUGUUGCACUGGUUCGCUAGACAUGUUGCAAAGUGAGAAUGUGAUUGGCUACUGAAAGGCAAUGUGUCAGCAGACUUUUACAUGCCGACACCCAAAUAUAUCAGGAGAUUGUAGAUGUUUGAAUAAGCUCUAAGCGCAGUGAACCCUUCUGAGGAAGAUUGUGAGUGAAAGAGAAAUAAGAAAAUUAUGAAGCCACACCCGCACUAAUGACCGUGCCCCGUGUAUUGUGUACAGAACUGUUGAGAAAAAUACAUGUCUGAUUCUUCUUAGCUUUGUCUUUUAUGUGAAGGAGGAUGGCGAAUACAGAUGCACCAAUAACAUUGACCAACAAGCGCUUAUAUAAACACUUAAGACUGUAUCCAUGGGUGAUAAAGACAUGUACUCCUCCCUGUUUUCUUGCUUUUUAUCAGUAGUCAUGGCCCACGUUGUAACAGGCCAAAGGUAAUCAAGUACAAACUGAAUAUUUUCUACUCUUACUCUGCCAAAUAAAAUGUUAUUGGUGCAUCUCUGAAGGUAUGUUAAUGAUCAUCGACUUGCCAUUAUGUUGCCCAAAGAGCAUCCCCAUAAUGAAGGCCCGUCUCAGUCCUGUCACUACAAACAGAAGUUUGUUUGUUGUUACGUAUAUUAUGACUCUGACAAUACGAUUUGAAAAGCUAAUUUCCUGUGAUUCAUCCCAAAGAGUCCCUAAGUAUUUGUGGAUUAGAUUUAAGUCAAAACUUUCAGAUUGGGCCCUCAUGAUGGCGAAAGCUCUUAAAACCAGUCUUUGAAAUAAAAGACCAAGAGUUGAUGUAAAUAAAAUACAUCACAGCUGUGAUCUUCACUGGACUGAAGAUGAUCUAAUUAUGUGAUUAUGAAAGAUUAAAUAUGUGGCUCCUGGGCAGAAGUGUAUGUUAAAUGUUGGUUCUGAUGUGUGUGAAUGCUUGGGAGUAUGCAUGUGUUCGUGUGUGUGUGUGCUGAUAUUUCCUUCCUCUAAAGGAUAGUGUAGUAUUCCUUUAUGCAAAUGUACUUGUUGACCGGGGGAAUAAUAAUGAUGAACACACUUCCAUUUA